CUCCACAUUCUGCAACUCCAAAGCAAACUCCCUUUAAAACCCUCCAUCUUCUUCACCCCCAUAUUCCAUUUCACUCAUUCAUCUUCUCCAAAUUCUCAAUCUUCUUCCCUUAUUCAUAUUCAAACUCCCAUCUUCAAUCCAAUCCCACCAUGUUAAUGCUGGUUGACUGCUCCGGCUGCCACACACCUCUACAGCUGCCGCCCGGCGCUCAGAUCAUCCGCUGCGGCUUAUGCGACGCCGUCACCCGCGUCGCCGCCAACCCUCGAUCCCUCACUUCUCCUCCGCCGCGCCAAUCCUCGUCCUCCUCCCCCUCCCACGCGCCGUCGCCGUACAGCCACGCGCCGCCGGGUCCGCCGCCGCAGGCACACGGAAGGAAGAGGGCGGUGGUGUGCGCCGUGUCGUACAAGCGGUCGCGGCACGAGCUCAAAGGGUGCAUUAACGACGCCAAGUGUAUGAAGUACUUGCUGGUCAACAAGUUCAAGUUCCCUGAGUCUUCAAUUCUCAUGCUCACAGAAGAAGAAGCUGAUCCUUUUCGACGGCCGACCAAGCAUAACAUGAGAAUGGCGCUGUUCUGGCUUGUGCAAGGUUGUCAGGCAGGGGAUUCUUUGGUGUUUCAUUAUUCGGGGCAUGGAUCACAGCAGCGGAACUACACUGGAGACGAGGUGGAUGGAUAUGACGAGACUCUGUGUCCCUCGGAUUUUGAGUCUCAGGGGAUGAUUGUGGAUGAUGAGAUCAAUGCAACAAUUGUGCAGCCUCUUCCUGCUGGAGCUAAACUUCAUGCUAUUGUAGAUGCUUGCCAUAGUGGUACUGUUCUAGAUUUGCCAUUUCUCUGCAGAAUGGACAGAGAUGGAAGGUACAUAUGGGAGGACCAUCGUCCUCGAUCAGGCAUUUGGAAGGGAACAAGUGGUGGUGAGGCCAUUUCAUUCAGUGGCUGCGACGAUGAUCAGACCUCUGCUGAUACCUCAGCUCUAUCAAGGAUUACUUCAACUGGUGCCAUGACUUAUGCUUUCAUCCAAGCCAUAGAGCGUGGCCAUGCAACUACAUAUGGAAACAUGCUGAAUGCAAUGCGAUCCACCAUCCGUAACACCGAUGGUGGUGCUGGAGGUGGUAUUGUGACAUCCCUUAUCUCCAUGCUUUUGACAGGAGGGAGUCUUGGAAAAUUGAGACAGGAACCACAGCUAACUGCCAAUCAAGCAUUUGAUGUGUAUACAAAACCUUUCUCCCUGUAGAGUAUUAAGCAAUAUUUUCAUACUAUUGCUCAUAUUUAUCAUUCAAAUGUGUGUAUUUAUGUAUAGUUUUAGGGCCCAAUUUUGUCAUCUGUCUAUUCCACUGUAUCCAAUUGUCUAGUUAAUUUGAUCUUCAAUAUAGCUUAUAUUCUUGAUUCUUC